AUGCAAUCAGGCAAAUUAUCACAACACCCACUGCCCAUUCAUGUGGCUCCACCCAUUCUGGACGCCUUCAUACAUUCCACUCGGCUCCACUUCACUUCACUUCACUCCGCUCCAAUCGCUUUGCUUCGCCGCAUCUCUCACCUCCACUUCCUCUCACCUCUUCGUUUCCCAGUUCGAGUCCUCUUGACUAAGCCGCCACACCUCACCUCACCUCACCUCACCUCACACCUCACCCCAUCUCGUCCGCCCCACCACUUAACACUCUCCGCGCCAGAUUCUCAUGGCCCAACCCGGACCGGCCAUAGCCAGUCUUUUCCCAUUUUGUCGGUUAAUUUGCCCAAGCAAGCCGGUCUCGUCAACAAAUCAUGUAGACAAGUCGACCUCUGCGCCGACAACGAUGAUGACUGCAUGUGCCAGCCGUUGAUGAGCACGACCUGUGUGUCUGGCUCUUUUCUUCUCCUCCAAACGGCCUACGGAUUUGUCACGGCAACUUCGUACUGCAUGCGAUCAUGUCAGUCACGAGCGCCAAAGUUCUGGCGCAACCUUCGCUUCUACCUUCACACUCGAUGCCGGUGCUCAUCCCCCCUCAGGCGAUCUCUUGCACCAGUCACACCUCAAGUGGAGAAUGAGGUGGGCGAUUUUCUUGAAUUUUCCCAAUUCCACCAAUUGGUGGAUUGUAUCUCCUCCAGUCGCCCAAAAAAGCCCAGCUAA